AUGCAGCAGUCGGAGCUAUCAACCCUGGAACGCAUUCGAGCGCUUGUUCGAGCCAAAGCGGCCGAGAUGCCUGAUGAUCAGGCCGGGCAGGGGGCAGAAGCUACGGAGCCCGGCAUCCUUGAACUGAUCUAUCUCGAAAGCUUUACCACUCUGCAUUAUGGGCCCUUGUUGGAGGGACGCGCUGCGCCCUUCAAUUUUGGCAUGGGCUAUCCAGCUUUGAGAGUUGCCGGCAUGAUCGCGCAAGGUGGCUCGUUUUCCGUCCGCCGCGUCGUUGAUCACCGCGAAUAUGGGGUUACGGGUUUCGUCGUUGUAAAGCAGCCGGUUGUCAACGAAUGGCGGGUUGGUGCCGGAUUUGCAGAGAAGCUGCGAGACGUGAUGACGGAGCUUCGUGUGCUAACUCACCGCCCUUUGCGAAACCAUCCCUAUAUUGUCAAUCUCCGGGAAAUUUUCUGGGAUACACAUGCGGACUUGGCAGACACGGUGGCUCCGUCACUGAUCCUGGAGUAUGCGAACCUGGGAUCCUUGUCUGAUCAUCAGGACCCGGAUCGGCUAUGCUUGCAUGCGGGGGCCAAGAAUAAGAUCUGUGAGAACGUCGCAUUGGGCCUCUCAUUUCUGCACAUGAGUGGGAUUAUUCAUGGCGAUGUGAAGAGCCAACAAGCGAGCGACGUCGACUUGCCCAAGGCCGAGGCUAUUCUGAGAUCGACUGUUCGCCUCGAUCCGGAACUCAGAGCAAAAAACCUCGUAACCAUCCUGGAAAUCUGUCAGCAGCCAAACGACCCAGGUGGCUAUCUACAGAUCGACGCGUUGAUGAGACUAUUUGAUCGACUAAGAUCAAAGAUCGAUACUGUUGGUAUCGGCGGUCUAGUCGACCUCGAACUUCAGAACGGGGCAGAGAAGAUGGCAAAGAUAUCCGCGCUAGAGCCGGCUCCUCUGAACUACGGAGAUUUCAGCAUAUCACUUCCCAAGUUUCCAGUCUACAUGCAUCGCCUCCGCUCUUUGCACCCCAGCUUCCGGGCCCUAGUUGGUGAGAUGCUUCUGGAGCGGGUUCGAAACUCUCCGCCAGCUCAGGAAAAGGCCUGGGCAUACCUGGCCUUGGGUGUUUUCCGCAUCCAAGGGGCUCACUAUAAUUUGGACGGUCCUGGCGAGGAAGGGAUGCCGGACACCCUCCCACUUCCAAAGGCAGAAGAUGCUAUCUUCAAAUCUGCCGAGCUCGGCAACCCACUUGCCCAAAGCCUUGUGCCAAAAAUGAUCGCCUUGUUAGAUGAGAAACAUAAGAUCGACACAGAGACGGUCGUCGAUAUGUUGGUCAAUUCGAUGCGUGAGGGAUCCCGCAUCGCGAGGAUCGAGCUCCAGCGCCUCUCCGUGGAAGCGUUUGAAGGAGCUGUGGCAUCUAUUGAAGAGGGAAGAAGAGCUCUCAGUGAAGAACUGGACACCGACGCCGAGCAGUUGCCGCACGCCCCUCCUCUAUAUUCUGCUCUUUUUGAGCGGCCGAACUUCUCCGCACUGGAUCCCGCGGCACAGCGAGUCUUGCACCGUCCUGGGGUGACAGCAUUGCACCAAGCCGUCUACCUUGGAUCUUUGUCAACUUGCAAAUAUCUCGUCGAACGUUAUCAUUACGCGGGAUGUAUCGAUGUACGUUCUAACGAGCUGGAGACCCCUCUCCACUUCGCCGCACGGAACGCACAAUGCGACGUUGCUCGGUACCUACUGGAAAGGGGCGCGGAUCCAAAGGCACAGACAAAGGACGGACUGACAGUUCUCCACAUGGCCUUGCUGUCGUAUAAGCAAGAAACUAACAUGUUGGAACUGCUUCUCGCGCACGGCGCCGAUGUACGGGCCGUUGCGGAUCACAAAACGGACGACUUCUUGCCGGAUUGCUACGACUACUACCUUGACUUUGCAGGCAGUGCUCUGCAUUUCGCUACCACGAUACAGAAUCUUCCAGCUGUCGAAGUCCUGCUUGAAGCGGGCGGGGAUGCUAAUCAGAUAGAUUACGGGCGUAACCAGGUGACGAGUCCGCUGAUGAUUGCCAUCAAGCACCACUCACUACCUCUACUGAAGCUUCUCCUCCGAUACGCCGUCACGGGGGAUAACAGGCCUGAGCCUAGGAUUUAUCUAGAGCUCUGCAAUCGGGACUCAGAUCCCCUGAUAAAGAAGCUCUGGUGGACAGAGGAGCCUCCGGACAAAUUUCCCUCUCGGGCGGCGGCCCUCAUGCAACAUGCGGGCAUCGAAGUCAAACUUCGCGAGCUCUUGAAUUUGACGCUGAGGAAGGACUUGAAUGGCGCCGAGAAGCUUUUGCAUAUUCUGAGAAAGUCCGUGCUCGGGCCAAAGACUCCGGUCAAGCUGUUCGAGGUCCCACUUGAAAAACCUGCCGGAGAUGCUGGAAUGAGUGAAGAUCUCAUCACUGCACUCUGGAUCGCGGCGCUUCGAAGUGACGACGCCCAGCUGUUAGACCACUACACGAGGAAACUUGGGGUUGAGGACAGAAGUUUGACCAAGAUGUCAAAACGCGCACUUGGUAAGCUCGCCGAGGAUGUGGAAAUGAGCGAGGAUCUUAUAAAGGUGCUCUACGAGUCUCUCAAGGUCAACAGCAGGGAAGUCAUCGAAACGAUCUUGAAAUAUAUGCCCCGACCACUUCCCUCCCGCCACUCAAACGGCACCCCCCUGCUCAACAGUUUGGCUUUUCGCCAGCCCGAGCCUCGUUCCCAUACGGCCGCCAUCGUAAAGAUGCUUGUCGAGAGCGGGGUCGAUAUCCACGCUACCGGCGACGACGCCGCUAUCGACGUCCUGCUGGACCCUGACGUCGUUGGCGCCGACAAUCAAUUUUCGACCGAGGACGUCGGCCACGCCAUCGAAGGGUGCAUCAUAAAGGGUGGCCCCCUCUCCUAUAAGAUGCUGCGAAUCCUCUUUGCGCGGCGGCCUGACACCCUCUGUACGCCCCUUCCAACGAGGACGAAUUGCGCCUGCUCGGAUACCCCCUCGGAAGUGGCAACAGGAGCGCACAAGUCGAUUGCGUGCCGUUGGGAUUCGAACUACCUCCGUGGCCUCGCGGCGUCAACCAGAUUCCAGAAGGACGAGGAGGUUGCCAGCUUGCUCGCCGAGUUAAUCCAGCGCACUCGGGCCAUCGACGCGGGCCGUGGCGAGGAGGCGCUGCGAGCUCGGCUGGAUGAGCAAAUUCCUAAUUGGAAGGGGACGCCGCUCCACUACGCCGCCCAGUGGGGAAGCGUGGAAGUAGCCAAGAUUUUGCUACGGGCCGGGGCCAAUGUGAAUGCUCAGGUAGAGAUGCGGCGGCCCGACAGGUCCACCUGGGCAAAUGAGGGUAUAUCUCUGGGAGAGGUAGUAGUCAUGAGCAGGGUGAAGGUCUUGCUGGAGACGGAGAUCGCUCAAGCGGAGGCGUCCCAAGAUGAUGACGCUCAGGCAGAGGACUCUCAGAACGAGGGCUUCCAGGAUGACGACCCCGGAGACGAGGACUCCGAAGACGACAGCGUUCAAGGCGAGGACCUGAAAGCUAAAAGUUUCAAUCCAAUCACGCUCCUUAAACUAAUCAUACUACGAAGAAGAAAAACAAAGCGCAAAGCAGAGCGUGUAAAGGCAAAAAUUGAGCGUAUACGGGCGAUAAUUGAGGGUAUCCAGCAUCUGCAGGCAAAGGUGGAGCGCCAAAUGGAAAAAUUCCAACGAGAGAUCGCGGCAAUCAAGCGCAAAAGACGAAUCGACGCGCUGGAAUCGUCGUCACGCGAGUUGGCACAAAAGGCACUUCCCACCUUGUACGGUGAGACACCGCUCGACUUCUCAACAACCCGUGACUGGGACAGGUCACUGGAGGGGUGGCCUGAGCAGGACAAGGCGUUUGUGAGAAGGCAACGAAUGCAGGGCGGGACGCAUCGGGAGGAGCGCGAGUAUAACCAGCAGACGUCGACAAUGGUCGAUCUGCUCCGGGAGAACGGAGCCAUGAACUGCGAAGAGCUCUAUAUGGACAAGGUGAUGGCCCUAGCAUCCGCAUUCCCAGACUAUGCAGACAAGUAG